AGGCAUGUUUCCUAUGUUCAAGUUUGGUUGAAAAGCACACAUGUGGGCUCACGUUGGCUCGUUGAAAAAAUUUCAGCAGUAAAGUUUUGGGUAUAUUUGCCUGAUAUCGUGUUAAAUAAUGGCGUCUACGUUCUUUAUUAAGAACAACGGGGACUCGGCGUUUCCAAAGAAAGGACACAGUUUAGCGACGUCUAAACGCAAGAACGAUGAAGAUCUUGGAAGUAAUAGCAAAGGUCGGGCGAAGAAACCCAACUCAAAACACAACGAAGAGAUUUCCAGUGAAUCUGAGACAGAAAGCACUGCAGAGCAAAACGAAAGAGAAGGGGAGGACGAAUUCGAUGAAACCCCACAAGAAAAAAAGCUCAGAUUGGCGAAGGUGUAUCUUGAUCAACUGAGGGAAGAAGAGGAGAAAAAGGCGGAGCAAGUAUCGUUUGAGACUGAAUUGGUUGCUGGGAGGCUACAAGAGGAGCUUCUUGAACAGAAAGGAAAACUUCAGCGGUGUAUAGCCAAAGAUCUCUUGGCACCAGACGCCUCUGAGAUCCGUGUGUUAAGAGGACAUCAACUCCCAGUCACUUGUCUGGUUAUCUCGCCUGACGAAAAGUUCAUCUUUUCUGGUUCUAAAGACUGCUCCAUAAUCAAAUGGGACAUUGAGACUGGAAAGAAGCUGCACACAAUAAAGGGGGGAAGGAAGGGGACAGAGGCUCGCCAUGGAGGCCACACCACGCAAGUCCUGUGCAUGGCUAUCUCCUCGGAUGGAAAGUACCUGGCCAGUGGAGACAUGAACAGAGCAAUCAUAAUCUGGGAGCCAGACACGUGUAAACAACUAUAUAAACUCAAAGGGCACAGAGGCGCCGUCUCGGCCCUUUCCUUCAGAACGGGAAGCCACGAUCUCUACAGCGGUUCCCACGACCGCUCCGUCAAGGUGUGGAACGUGGACGAAAACGCCUACGUGGAGACCCUCUUCGGGCACCAGGACGCCAUCACGGGUCUGGACUGUCUCAGCCGGGAGCGCUGCGUGACGGCGGGGGGUCGGGACAACACCGUGAGGGUCUGGAAGAUCACAGAGGAGUCCCAGCUGGUGUUCCACGGCCACGGGGGAUCAAUCGACUGCAUCCAGUUGAUCAACGAGGAGCAUAUGAUCACAGGAUCAGAUGACGGCUCUGUGUCCGUGUGGAGCGUGAACAAGAAGAAGCCCCUCAGCACGGUGAAGGUGGCCCACGGGAGCUUCGGCGAAGCGGGCCUGGAGCAGCCCCACUGGGUGGCCUCUGUGGCGGCGCUGCAGAACUCGGACACCGUAGCCUCAGGCUCUAACAACUCUGAGGUCCACGUGUGGGCGUGCGGCCAGGGCUUCCGCUCCCUGCAGCCUCUCUUCAGUGUGCCAGUGCCUGGAUUUAUCAACAGCCUGGAGUUUUCCACCUCUGGAAAGUUCCUGGUGGCGGGCGUCGGACAAGAGCACAGGCUGGGCCGAUGGUGGAGACAGAAGGAGGCGAAGAACGGCAUCUAUAUCAUUCCCCUGAAGAGACGGAGCGCGCAGCAAGAAGAGCCCCCUGCUACAGAAUAACAGAUUUAUUCAAAUGUUUUUCUAAAUUAAAAGUCUAUAAACACCCGCUUUGACUGAACUGUUAUCUUUUUUUGUUGUAAUAAAGGAAACGGAAAUAACGUUCA